UUUUCAAUGUGUGUGUAGCUUGUUCGUUCGUUUGGUUGACAAUCGCGAUGUGAUGUAUUCUACAUCAUCGCAUGCUGAGUUAUAUUUUCAACAAAACCUUUUAAUUUUUAAUUAAGUUACUUGAUUAAUUUCUAAAUGUUUUCUUUCGUUGUGAAUACCUUUCUCUGUUUUAAUUUCUAAAUAUGUGUAAUUUGCCGCCGAAGUUCCAUUCAGUGUGUCGCCUUUGUUUAUCAUUCUGUGGCGAUAAUUGCAGUGAUGUUAAACUUCCAAUUUUCGACCGUGAUAAGGAUAAAUCACGACUUUCCGAGAUGAUAAUGGCAAAUUUGUCAAUAAUGGUGUCCCCUGAAGACUUGCUGCCACAAGUUGUGUGCGGGAGCUGUGCACACAAACUUGAUGAAUUUCACACCUUCAGAGAGUUAUCACACAAAUCUGAACGGCUUUUGGAACAGUUCGUGCAAUAUGCCAAUUCACUAUCUGGUCCAAAAGAGGAGAUCCUGAACAUAACAGCGGCAAAAUUGGAAGAAAUAAUCAAACCACUGAGCGACAGCGAGUACGAGCACGAAUUGAAACACAAAUAUGCCGAGAUCGGCUCUCCGGAUUCAACUGAGGAGAUGAAGAACUUGGAGAGCCGGCAAGCGGCGGUCACACUACUGCAGAUAAAAAAUUACGACCCAAGUAAAUAUGCGGUCAAACAAGAAGAAGAGCCUCAUAUAAUGUUCAACAGCGUGCCGAGUUUACCGCCCUCUGACAGAGCGAGAGAGGUGAUGCACUGCAACACCGUCAUCGAUAUUAUAAGCAAGGCUGUGGCGGUCGCGCAGCGGGAAAACGAAGAAUCUCAGAAGUAUCCACCGAACUACACAGGCGUCAUCGACAGGACACACGCGAGCGGCGCGGCCGACACCUACGCGCAUGAGUACCCCGACGAGCAGUACAGCGUGUACAGCGCGCCGCCGCACGCCGCCAGCCCCGCCAGCAACGAAGACCAUGACAACAAGGAAAUGGACCUCUCCCUCUACAGCACAGUCAAGAACGAGCCCGCGGAACAGACCGACCAGCAGGAACAGAACAACUCAUACUUCCACACAACACUAACACACAAGCCCAACUUUGUUGACGAGUACAAGCAACACGUUUUUGGACGAAACAAAAUGAAAACGUCCAAGGAGAAUUCAUCGGUGUAUGAAGAUUGUAGUCGGAGUAGUAGUGGGUCAGACCCGGACAGGCUACAAAUGGAUAUAUCUCAGAUGUCGCAGGACGACCCUGAGGAGACGCAGUCAGCUAGGUCGACACAGUCUUCGCCACAACCGCCGAUGGAACACGAACAGGACAAGGAGUCGCUGUGGCAGGCUCUACACCGGCAAAAUGGUCGCAGCGGGGAAGCAACGCAGUUACUACGACGGCUGAUCAACAGCAAACAGCUUGGUAUGACAGUUUCGCCGCUAAGGACGCCCACCGCAUCCCCACUCUCCACCGCUAUGCAGCAGCCGCUCAACGGUUCUGUUUCACCGAAUGGUGAGUGGCACAGUUCGGGUCGCGGGUCGGGCGUGGCGGGCACGGCGCGAAGAAAACAAAGCUUCCCCGCGCGAGCGCAACCCGUCAUGGCCGUCGACGCGCCCGCCACUAACCAGCAGUGGCCUCAAACAGCUUCAGAGAAUCAGGAACCACCGGAUGCGGGCGGCGCGGGCGGGGCGGGCGCGGGCCGCGGCGCCGCUCGCGUGGAGCUGUCGUGCAGCAACUGCGGCACGCACACCACGACCAUCUGGCGACGCGACGCGCGCGGCGAGAUGGUGUGCAACGCGUGCGGCCUGUACUUCAAGCUGCACGGCGUCCCGCGCCCCACCGCCAUGCGCCGCGACACCAUACACACGCGCCGCCGCAGGCCGAGACAUGAUGCCAAGCAUACUAAGAGCAAAUCCCGUCGCAGCGGCGGGAGUGGCGGCGGCGGCGGCGGCGGCGCGUGCGAGGCGGGCGAGGGCGCGGGCAGCGGCGGCGAGGGCGCGGAGGAGGCGGUGCUGGCGGCGCUGCGGCGCCAGCUGCAGCCGCACCUGCUGGCCGCGCUGCACGCGCACAACACGCGCACCGUGCGCCCGCACACUGACCAGGUGGGUCUGAACGCUCCCGAGUACGACGAGGCGCCGCUGAACCUAGUAGCCAGUCACGUAGCCGCGGCCGAGGAGACGCACUGACUGCCCCUGUGAUAGCCUCACUCACACUUCCCACAGAGCAUUGCGUGUAUCCUGUAUCGAUCGCUUCUCUUCCACGACUAACUAGUGUUCCCGCGAACGUUUUACACAAGCAGCCUUUUGUAAAACACUCGCCCCAACACUCACUCGAAAAGCAAUAAAUUUAUAGAGUUAAGUAUACAUGCAAUAAUAACAUUCUUCAUAUAAUAUAGUACUAAAUAUCUAUUUAGUGAUAGUUCAGGCCAGUGUUUGAUGACAAUAGAGGGAAAAAUAUGUAUUUAAAAAUUGUUCAUUCCUUUCGUCCGGUCGUCAUAGAGCUAUAAUGAAAUGUGAAUUAUUUUUAUAGGAGAUCAUACAUUUUUCAUAAUCGAUUCUCAAUUAGCACUUUAUUGACGGUUUCGGCUUUUCAUAUAAAAAAAUAUAUCUAACGACCGGUUGACCUUUGGAAUAGUAUACUACAAGUGCUUUUAAACUAAAACUAAAGCAAUAAGUAUAGUUCGGCCAUUCAGAGAAUGCGUUCCUGACACGUCGCGAUUGAACUGACGACGUAACUUUGCAAUGGCGUUGCAGUUACGAUAAAAA